AUGCUCUUGUAGGUUAGAAUCAAUAUAUCAGAUAUUAUCUUGCGUUAUAAAAAUUUUCUACGUCGCUAUAUGAACAAAUAUUUCUGUGCAUCGUGUUAAAAAAAUGUUGAAAAAAUAUGCUAAAGUAAAGUGAGAAAAAAUAUAUUCUUUACGUUUGAAGUAGCCUAAUCUCGCGCAAUAUAUUAUCACGAAAUUACAUCUAUUACAUCUUUUACAUAACCUGCACAUUUAUCCCUUUUCUGUCUACAUUUGUUUCUUUCCAUUCUGCGUGUUCUCAUAAAUCUACGCAUAAAAAAUGAGUUCUCAUGGGAAAGCAGAAACCGAUAGGCUCAGAAAGAAUCUGGAGGAACAAUUGGAUCGGCUUGUACAACAGUUGGAGGAUUUGGAAGAUUGCAGAGUUACUCUGGAUGAGACGGAUUAUCAAGAAGCUAAAGAAGAUACAAUGGAACAACUUCGUGAGUUCAACGAGAGUCUGCAAAGAAUGAUAUCCGGAGACAUGACGUUAGUUAAUGAACUUGGAGCCAUGCAAUUAGCGACUCAAGCAGCUAUUAGCGCAGCCUUCCAAACACCAGCUGUGAUAAGAAUGUUUGGUAGACGUGAGCCUACCGGACUCAAAGAACGUCUCUCCCAAAUUGAUCGUGAUGUAAAACUAGGCAAAUUAAAUAAAGAGGCCGCUGAUCGCCAACGUGGAGAGAUAUUAAGCGCUUUGAGGCAACUUGGAGAAAAGUUGGAACCAUCUGAAUUACAGUUGUUGGAGCGAUUAUCUUUAAAUAAUGUAGAUUCCACCAGAUAUGUACAAGUUACCGAAACAGAGAAGCAAGGUAAAAUGGCUCUGGAUGUAGUCGGCAAGGAAGUCAAAGCUACCCAAGAUACUUGAACUACAAUCAGAGUCAUGUAACUGCUAUUACAAUUGGCCAUAUUAUUUGUCGCUAUAAUUCUAAAAAUAUGGUCCUGUUUUUAAUUCUUUAUAUUUAUUAUGUUCUUCUUUGCUCCAAGUUGAUUUAAUUUGUUAUUACUUGAUAUUUACAUUCAAAGUAAUCGCUUGUGUCAUGAAUUAAAAUAUAUAAGCAAAAUACAUAUAUAUAUAUUUAUGGAAU